AAACUUCAUGUUCGCCCUGGUGGCUUUAUUGCAGAAUCAAAUAAACCAAAAAAUGUCAACUCAUUUAUUGUUGUUGGAAUGCAUCAUCUCACCGCACUCCAACACGAAGCUCUCACUAUUUGGGAUGCCUCUCGUAACCACAUCGUCAGGUCAGACCUCCAUCUCAUUUUUACAACAGCAGAUGGCCCAGGGCUCAUGUAUUGGGAUGGGAUGGUAGGGCAUAGCAGCAAGAACGGAUGUUGUAUGUAUUGUGGAGUGAGAGGGAGGCGUAAA